AUGGAUUUUACUUUUACACGUUGUGCAAGAGUCGUUCUAGUGAUAAUGGUACGUAGCUUGUGGGGAAUGAGCAUGGGUAACAAGGACUGGGGCUCUGGGUUCAGCCACACUGGGUGGGGCUGGGGUCCUUAUCAUCCCCCUAACCAAACCCAAGGACCCAACAACAUCAACGUUGGUGGGUCAGACAAUUGGCAUUUCGGCUUCAACUACACCGCAUGGGCAUUCCAAAAUGGACCGUUCUACUUCAAUGAUACUCUAGUUUUCAAAUAUGACCCACCAAGCAACACCUCGUUUCCUCUCAGCGUUUAUUUGCUACCAAACCUAUGGAGUUUCCUAACUUGUGAUCUUAGAAAAGCGAAGAUGAUUGCAAAUACGACCCAAGGCGGCGGCGACGGCUUCCGUUUUAAGCUGAAUAAGUGGCGGCCUUAUUACUUUGCCUGCGGUGAACGUAAUGGUUUCCACUGCAAGGUUGGACGUAUGAAAUUUAUGGUUCUGCCAUUUUUCCGAUGGCGCCAUUGAUGCAUGCAGACUGAGACUAGCGAAUAUAAGAAUCGUUGUUGUUCUAUAAAAGGGUUUUAGUGAAUAAGAUUGUUAUAGGAAA